AUGCCCUCCAGGCCCAGCCAGCAUCCUCCCCAGCUCAUCAACCUCCAGACAUCCUCGCUCCCCGCCCGGCCCGCCAAGCCGGCCAGAACCAUCAAGCGCCAGACCGAGCUCGAGGAUGAACAGCGCUACGGGCCCCCCUCGCCGAGACCGCCAGCCCGCCAGAGCCCUCUAGACUCCGCCCAGCCCUCCCGCGAGCCCAUCACCCCCGCCGACAGCCACUGGGCCUCCUCCGCAACGACGACGGAUGAGCUCUUCCUCUCCGAGUCCUACCCGCCCAUCCACUCGCACCUCCAGCUGCCCUUCUUCAACGAGAAGCUCGCCUCGCCGAUCGGCAUGGGCCGCGGCCAGCCCAUCCCCUCCUCGCCCACCCCCGUCUACGGCUCGCUCGACCGGCUCUGGAAACGCAUCACCCGGAUCCUCGUCGAGAAGCCCUACCAGCUGCCCGAGCUCGCCGACACGCUCUCCUACCCGGCCACCGAACAGGCCAUCCACGCACUCGACGCCCUCCUCCAGCCCUACCAUCUCGCCCUCCCCCCGGUCAUCCGCCACCACUUCCUCACCCACGACGGCAUGAGCAGCUGUCCAUCUGGCUGGGUCCGAGAAGUCUACUCCCAUCCCGCCUGGAUCCCCCUACUAAGCGACAGGGUGGGGAACUACAUCGGCAUCGACCUCAGUCCACCCCCGGACUCGACCUACUCCACCCCACGGAACCCCUCCCCCUCGUCCUCGUCCGGCGACGAGCGACGGCUCGGCGGGGGGCAGGGCAACGCUCGUCCGGAGGCCGGACAAGUGAUUGCCUUUGGGCGGGAGAUCGACGAGAAGGUGGUCCUGUGGCGGGGCGAGGGCCGGGACGGAUGGGCGAACUGGCUGGCCUCGUUUGCAGACGACCUCGAAGACGGCUCGUUUGCGCGGCUGAUCGGCAAGAAGCGCUCCCCUCGUCUGCUCAAGACUCGUCGGGACUCGGACGGCGAGCGGGGAUGGGCCCACAGCGACGAGGAUAGCGAGGACACCGAGGACGGCCUCGGCGAGCUCGGCUACUUCAACGACGGCGCCGGAUUCGGCGGCGCGGCGAGCGAGGACGGCGAUUUCUAUGGCUGGCGACUCGCCCCCGAGUAUCGCGGGAUGAGCGUGAUCGAGGCCCUUUGUGCUCGAAGUAAACAACGCUGGGCCGAAGCAAUCUCUGUGGCAGGUCGUUGCAAGUCGAUGAAAUACGACAGUCGCUCGCACUCUCUCUCGAGCAGUUCGCGCCGCUCGCCCCAGCCCUCGAGCAGCCAAGGGCCAUCGGGGCCGACCCGCGUAGCGUCGAGCUCCUCGGCUGGAGGUGGCCAGGGCGGGCCGGCGGGGGGGAAGCAGCCCGCCGAGCCCGGGCUGCAUCCGGUCGUCCGCAAGCCCGCGCCGGCCAGACGCACCCGGCCGCCGCCCCCGGCGCCGGUCUCCCCCCAACAGGCCCUCAAUCACACCCAUCAUCCCUCCGAGAAAUCUGACGACAUCUCCCUCCACCACCUCGACCACCUCCAUCCAUCCCCCUUACUCGCCCCCACUAAUAGCUCCACUUCGCCCUCCCAAGGACUCGGGAUCAUCCGAACUGAAUCUUGA